AUGGCUAAGACAGCCAGAUGCCGGUGCAUAGUUCCUCCACAUUCUAAGCGCAACCGAGUCGCACGGGCUUGCGACUGGUGCCGUGUGCAUCGCAUCAAGUGUGACAGCAGCUUGCCCUGUCAGAAUUGUCGUAAUCGAGGCAAGAUUGAGCGACUACGACAACUUGUUCAGGGACUUGAAGAACAACUAGAAAAUGCCACCAAUACCAAUACUGCCUCCGACGGUGACGACCUGACGAUUCGAAAGGAAAACCGACAAGUCCAUACACGUACCGCACACUCCGCACAAACCCAGCGGUAUGGGCCAUCGUCGGCCUUCUACUUUAUCGGUCGCAUAAGCGCAUAUCCCAGCACCGUUUUCAAUGAAGCUGAGGACGAUCAUAACCUACAGCCCAACUCCGCCAAUAGGCCCGUCGGGUCGGAGACAUAUCUCAAUAGCAUCGAGGAAGACUUUUUUCUAAAUCUUAUUGUCGAUGAGGCGGAGUUUUGGGAGCAUUAUGAAUCCCCUCUGGUCGAUAUAAUCCUAACUCUGUGUAUGCAAUAUGGGGUUGCCUUAACCCUGGAUAGCAGAGUUGACCCCUCCUUCAGGUCCGGCCGACCCGACAGUCAUGUCGACGCCAGCGACGCAAGUAUCGCGGGUCGAUGGUACUACCGUCGGUCGCAAAUUCUCCUCGUUUCGAAACUGGAAAGUCCGUCCAUCGACCACCCUGCAAUGUCAUAUCUUUCGGUCAACAUGGCGCACACGACCCUGGCGCUCGCGGUGCGCACCGCUCAUGUCCCCGGGCUGCAUCUCGAGCCGCCUGAGAACCUACCACGUCCCGAGCGAGAGCUGCGCAAGCGCAUCUGCAAGACAUGCAUGAAACUAGGUCCAUCAUGCUCCGUGCCUGACAUGCCUGCGACGUGCCAACUGCCCGCCGACGAUCAUGAGCUGGCUCGACUGUCGGUGUCGAACAACGCAGCAUGUGGCAACAACCGCCUCCUCAGGACAUUAGUGCUAGCGGCUCACCCAGUUCAUCUUGGAUUUUAUUAUAGACGUGCUGAGAUUCUGGCUGCCAAUGAUGCGAGAGUCUGUACUCAGAUUCAUCGUCUCUGGAAAUCUUGGCGGAAUUCCUCACAUCGCAGAUGUACAAUAUUACGGAAAUGGUUACGGAGUGUCCCUGACACCAUGAAGACCAAACGCAAGGAUGCGCCCUUCAUCUGCUUCCCAUCCACGUCACUCACCAGCUUCAAUAACACACCUCUCGCUGAAGAGCAUGCAGUCUCUGGCGUCAAUCAUACCACCGCCAUCACACACGUCCUGCGCCAAGUUCUAGCCGCCACUGACUUCCUCAAAGGCUGGUACGAGGCCCUUCAAUGGCAGUGGAAGACUCUUUCCAUGAUUGGGUUCAUCCUUGCCAACUCCUCACAUCCGUCUACGCCAACAGCUCUCGCGGCCGUCAGCGACGCCAUCACCGUCUUCGAGGUCUUUGGCAAAAACUUUGCCGUCGGUACCUCACGGCUCCCUCAGCACCAGCCCAAACCCGUCCCAUAA